AUGGCUGAGAGCAAUCAACCCAACCAAAAUAAAGCAGAAAGGGAAAGCUUGGUGAGCAAACCCUCUCCCAUUCAUGAACAAUUUAUUUUUGAUUGCGAUCAUGUAAUAAGUUUCUGCACGGCGUUUGGGAAAACAGACAUAACUGACCAAACAGAUUCUGUUCUAAGAACAAAGCUUGAGGACUUAGAAAAUAGGUGGAAAAAGCUUCAGGUAGACUAUGAGAAACUUAUGAUAUCCCCUGAAUCAUGUAACACAAAGGACUUCAGAGAAAAUGCUAAAGUCAAUUUCAAUGUAUGUGCUGAAGCAUAUUACGAGACCCGCUCUCAAAUUACAGAUAUUUUAAGAAUGUCUGAGCCUAGGCAAAGUUUAGCCCCUCAAGUUCCACAAAAUGCUGAAGGCUGUGACACUUCUAAUAUAUCUAUAAAGGUUCCACCAUGCGACACAGAGGUUUUCAAAGGUAGUUACGAAGAAUGGCCAUCUUUUCGUGACAUGUUCACGGCCGUUUACAUAACCCACAAAAAGCUCACACCUGCCCAAAAACUCUAUUACCUACGCAACAAAACAAAAGGUAGUGCAGGAGCUAUAGUAAAGAGAUAUCCACUUUGCGACGAAAACUUUGACAUGGCAUGGAAUGCACUAAAGACCCGCUAUGAAAAUAAAAGAGUUCUGGUAGACAACCAACUUAAAAUACUAUUCAAUAUGAACACAGAAAAUGUGGAAAGUAGCACAUCAUUACAGAAAAUACACUCGACUGUAAAUGAUUGUCUCUGUACUCUAAAAUCCUUAGACGUAAAAGUCGACAGUUGGGAUCCCAUACUAAUUUAUUUAAUUUCAACAAAACUCCCCGAAGAAACAAUUUCACAAUGGGAACAAUCCUUAAAAUCUCAUCGCGAGCUUCCCAGUUGGUCCCAAUUAGAUGAAUUCCUUUUAAAUAGAAUCGAGGUUGUUGAAAGAAUUACCAGUAUCAAGUCUUCAAAAGAACAUCAUAGUCUAUCUUCAUGGCAUUCCACUCGUUCUCCACAAAAAACUCAGACGUAUACUUCACAAGAAAAGUUGAGCUCUUCUUGCCCAUUAUGUGACGGUGACCACUCUAUACGCACAUGUUCACAAUUUCGCAAUUUUACAGUACAAGAACGUAUUGACUUUGCAUUUAAGAGCAAAAUUUGUAAUAAUUGCCUUUCUAGUUCUCAUUUCAAAAGCAAGUGUAAGAGCAAAAGCAGCUGUCUUUAUUGUAGAAAACGUCAUCACACUCUCUUGCACUUAGAUCAGCCUAAAGAAUCCAGUUCUGAAGAUAUAAAGAUUAAAAAACCGUUCUCACACUCUGAUGGAAAUACCAGAGAAUUCAAAGUAGACACAUCUACUGCUACCACGUCCAAACAUUCUCAUUCCCAAAUACACGCAAAUGUUUGUCACAACAGUGAAACAAUUUUGCUAAGAACAGCCUUGGUGCAAAUUCAACGCAAUGGAGAACUCUUCACAGUAAGAGCAUUGCUUGACUCAGGCUCCCAAAGAACCUUCGUCUCUGAGAAAAUUAGGAAAAUGCUACGAAUUCCCUUUAGAAAGUCCUUUUUUGAAAUCGGUGGUAUCGGCGGUAUGACUCAAACAGCGGAUAAGGAGUGUGAUCUUGUGCUCUACUCUAAGAAAUACGAUGUGAUAUGUUCGAUUAGUGCAAUCGUUCUGCCCAAAGUGACUAAAAAGUUACCUUCGGUGACAUUUCAAAAACCCAACUCCAUUGAUCUGCAAAAACUAGACUUAGCCGACCCAAACUUCAAUAAAUCGUCCAAUAUUGAUUUAAUUCUGGGCAACGACUCAGAAAGAUUUAUUAACUUGGAAGGAAUUAAGAAAAACAUUUGUGGUACUACUUCUGCGUAUAACACCAUUUUCGGGUGGGUACUUAGUGGUCCUAUGUCCGUCGAGACAGUUCAAUCGUUUUCCACAAAUGUGGUCUCAAGUGAAGAUGAAAAUAUUAGCUCUAUUCUUAGGAUGUUUUGGGAAACAGAAGAAGUUCCAACAAUUCCUUCCUCCUCUCCUUCUGAUAAAUAUUGCGAAGAGUUAUUUGCAACAACAACAACACGAGAUUUAGAUGGCCGAUAUGUUGUACGGCUCCCGUUUAAAAAAGAAUUCCCCCAUGAUAUGUUCUUAGGAUCUUCGAGAUUCAUUUCUCUAGGCCAAUAUACAAGACUUGAAAAAUCGUUAGCCAAAGAUCCAAUGCUUCAGGCUGAAUACAACGCAGUUCUGAAAGAAUAUUUAACUCUGAAUCAUAUGCAAGAAACAUCGUCCCAAGAAAUAUGUGAUCAAGCAAAAAUGACCGUUUAA